ACUGCGGUCUAAGAGUUUCCUCUUUGAGAGGGUGACAGUGUGUGGAGUAGCAGAGGAUAUCAGCAGAGCCAGUGCAUUUCCAACAGAGCAGUAAGGAGGAGACAACAUGUCCCUACGUAAUGUCAGGCUCAACGUGCUAAAAUAUUUAUUUAUAUUUGUCCUUUUGUCCUUAUGUCUUUUUUUGUGGAGCAGCUCAAAGAAUACAUGCUACAACGCUAGCAGCACUAUAGAGACAGGUGUGUUACUUACCAAUGAUCCUGGAGAAUUACUGGCAUGUUCAGCCAUAAUCCGUGGUGAUGUGGAGAAAUAUGCUGAGGAUGGCCUUAGCAGACUUCUGAAGGAGAGAAAGCGUGACCCAUUGCCAGAGUCUUUCUAUCUCAAUGCAACAAAAGAUUGCAGUGCUUACAUCAAAGACAGAGGAUUUAUCAACAUGGCUCUCAGUAAGGAGGAGAGGGACUAUCCUCUUGCCUACUCCAUGGUGAUCCACGACCAGAUUGAGAUGUUUGAGAGGCUACUCAGAGCUGUGUACGCACCCCAAAAUGUGUACUGUAUCCAUGUGGACAAGAAGGCUCCAGAUGAUUUCAUGAAGACUGUGAAAGCCAUUGUUUCAUGUUUUCCAAAUGUGUUUGUUGCAAGUAAACUGGAGAAGGUUGUGUAUGCCUCGUGGUCUCGCGUCCAGGCUGAUCUGAACUGCAUGCAGGAUCUGGUGAACUCCACUGUCAGAUGGAAGUACCUUUUCAAUACCUGUGGGACUGACUUCCCCAUUAAAACCAAUGCAGAGAUGGUCCGAGCUCUCAAAGCGUUAGGUGGGAAAAACAGCAUGGAGUCUGAGAAAACCCCUGGACACAAGAAAGGUCGCUGGGAGUACCAUCACAUUGUCAAUAGGUCUGAUGUCAUUAGGACUGACGUUAAAAAGACCCCCCCACCCAUAAGUUCCCCAAUGUUCUCUGGAAACGCUUACUUUGUAGUGUCAAGGGAGUUUGUGGAAGCGUUGUUUAAAAACCCAGAGGCCAAAGCUUUGCUGGAGUGGGAAAAAGACACAUACAGUCCAGAUGAGCACCUCUGGGCAUCUCUCCAGCGCUUACUAAGUAUGCCAGGGUCCAGCCCUCCCAACGAAAAAUACGACAUGUCGGACAUGAACGCCAUAGCCCGUAUGGUGAAGUGGGCAUAUCAUGAAGGUGAUAUAAGGAAAGGGGCAUCCUACCCUCCAUGCACUGGGGCGUACAGAAGAGCAGUGUGUGUGUAUGGUGCCGGAGAUCUCAACUGGAUCCUCGGUCAGAAACAUCUUUUUGCCAAUAAAUUCGACCCAAAUGUGGAUGACAUUGCACUUAAAUGCUUGGAACAUUACUUACGCUAUAAAACUUUAACAGGUCAAUCACUUCAUCAGUUUACGAAAGAUCAUUCAUAAAAAAGAGGUAAUUCAUUAUUCUUAAGAAGAUAUAAGUUAAUUUAAUAUUUAUUUCAUAGUUUACCUUGAUUUAUUUGCAUUGAUCCAGCAUUGAUCUUUUAUGAUAGAUUAGCAUGUACAGUAUAUUUCUAUUUUUUUUUUUAUAGAGGGCAUACGUGUCUUUACAAUAUGUCAAACAUGUGGCAUAUUAGUUCAUGACACAAAGGCGACUACUAAAUAACUAUAACCAUAAACAUGGUGAUACUGUGUACACAACAACUACACAACUAUGGACUAUAACCAUAAAAUAUGCAGAUAUAGUUGUGUACACAGUAUCACCAGUACUGGGCUUCUUUGACAAUUUAUUUGACUAUUCAAACUGAGAAAGAACAUCAAUGGUGACAUUUUCUGGUGCACUUUUAACGUAACUCUUAUAUUGUGUUAUUAUAUUGUAAAUAUACAGAUUUUUAUAUUAUUUAUGUUUUAAACAUGCUGUUGCACUGUAGCCUAACUUAGUUUUUUUUCAAUUGUUUAAUUGUUUUUUUGCACAUCACAAAAUGUUUUAAACAUGUCACUGAAACACCAUAACCCCAUCUAUUAGGAAGUAACUUACUUUUUGCAAACACAAACCACACACACGCACACACACACACACACACACACACACACACACACACACACACACACACACACACACACACACACACACACACACAGUAGAAGAUACUGUAUUCACAACAGCAAAAAUACACAUUUGGUUUCAAUAAUUGCUUACAUGUUUACUAUGUUUCAACUUUUCUCUGUAGAUGACUUUGACUCUUGAAUGGAAAUAUACAUUGUAUAUGUAUGAGUUUGCAGAAAAUGUGUCUAUGUUGUUAAAAACGGCAAACAGUGGUAGUACUUGAAUGUAUAUUAAAAAUAACCUUCAUUUAUUUAUCAUCAUUAGGCUAUUAUUUUGACUAAGUAGCCUACAAUGUAAGCACAACAUAAGCACUCACUCGAUUUUGAUAGCAAACUGGAUAUUUGCAACACUGCUGGCACCUACAGUACGUCUUUAUAGUAGCCUAAACCUACCACUGGAUCUAAAUGUAAUAAAAU